UACUGCAUUGAAAACGAACUUCAUUGCUUCCAGCUCGUUCUGCUGGAGCUAAUGCCCUUGCCAGUGGAGUUUGCUGUCAAGAUAAAGCAAAAUAUCCUUUAAAGCAGGGUUUUAUUUCACGGUUUUGUGCUAUAUAGCAUACCGUUGCUUUAAGGACCAUGGCUGCCAGGAUUUUGCCUGUAGUCAAGUUUGCAACAAAAGUUACGAUUGCAGGUGGCGCCCUUUAUGUUGCAUACGAUGCAGGACUUCUUGGAGAUGGUAAAGAGGGAUCUGUCGCCUUGGGUCGAGCUAAAGCUGCCGUCCCACCUGCUGUGGAGGAGUGGAUGAAGUAUUUCAGCGUCGAGCUUCCUGCCGUGCCCAACAUUGAGUUCUCACCACUGGAUGCAUGGAACUCAGGGGUCCAGAAGUCUGUCCAUGCUCUAUCAGUCGCCCCGUCCACAGUUAGUGACUACACCAAACAAGGCCUCCAAUACGUUAAUGACCUCACAAAAUGAGCAUUUAGAACUUUAAAAUGAGUAAAAGUUACUAUUGAAACAUUUCAGUGGAUGAGAAGACUUGCUCACUUCAAGAAGUGUUUUCCCUUGCAUAUAUGUCACAGACUAAAUUCCAUGAAGUUUUGAGGAACAACAAGUAGAAUGAUUAAAGACAUGAAUAUAAUAAUGGUACAAACCAAAUUGUUCAGUUUUUUUCCCCCCUUUGGUAACGGAAAUAACAGAACAGUUGUUUGAGAGGAGUCAAAAAUAAUUUGAAGAUAAUAAUAUAAGUGUGUUCUAUAUGUAUAUUGUUAUUCAACUCUUGUAUUUAUUUAAAGGAUUAGUUCACUUUCAAAUAAAAAUUUCCUGAUAAUUUACUCACCUCCAUGUCAUCCAAUAUGUUUCUGUAUUACUUUCUUCAGUCGAAAAGAAAUUAAGGUUUUUGAUGAAAACAAUCCAGGAUUUUUUUCCAUAUAAUGUACUUCAGUGGACUCCAAACGGUUGAAGGUCAAAAUUUCAGUUUCAGUGCAGCUAAAAGUGUUUAUAAAGCAUAUACACUUUUAUUUAUUAUUUUUAAAUGACCAAUCGUUUCGCUAGAUAAGACCCUAAUUCAUCAUCUGGUAUGGUUUAUAGCCCUUUGAAGCUGCACUGAAACUGUAAUUUUAACCUUCAACCGUUUGGAGUCCAUGACGUCUACUACAUGCUGGAAUGUUUUCAUCAAAAACCUUAAUUUCUUUUCGACUGAAGAAAGAAAUACAUAAACAUCUUGGAUGACAUGAGGGUGAGUAAAUUAUCAGGACAUUUUAAUUUGAAAGUGAACUAAUCCUUUAAGAAAUCUCUUUGUGGAAGUGUUCUGUUCCGGCAUUGAUCUUCCCCUUGAAUCAUCUGAAAUUCACCCUUUAUAAUAUAGGCACUAAAGGACUGCAACUGAGUUUUGUAUAGUUUAUAAUUCCAUGUUGCUCUGUCUGAUGUAAAAUAAAUAAUGUCAAAUA